UGAGCACAUGACUCUAUGGUACUAUGGUGGUACUCGAGUGAGCCACAACAACAGAAACAAACAUUUGUAGUGUUGUCCGGCUAAUUCUCUGCCCUAGCUAGUGUUCAACCCGUCGUUGUUGGUGUUUAGUGAUUGUUAAAAUGAAGCUGCAGUGUUUAGUUGUUGCUCUGUGCCUCGGCGGAGGUGUAAUAGCUGGAAAAUACUCCCGUGAGUUUAACGAGCUGAAGCAGAGCGGCGGGGAUGGGCAGACGGUGGAGUUCAGGAUAGCUAGACUCAACCAGGUGUGGGAGAAGGCUAAGAGGACCCAGUUGUCUCCAGUGCGGCUGUCUGAGCUGCACAGCGACCUGAAGCUCCAGGAGAAAGAUGAGCUGCAGUGGAAGAAGCUGAAGGCGGAGGGGCUGGAUGAAAACGGGGAGAAAGAGGCACAGCUCCGACGUAACUUCAAUGUGAUCCUGGCCAAGUAUGGGAUGGAUGGCAAAAGAGACACUCGACCACUGGAGAGCAAUUCCCUGAAGGACCACGACACCAAAGAGGGAGACAUAUUUGAUGAUCCCAGGCUGGACAAACUCUGGAACAAGGCCCAGAGCUCAGGGAAGUUCUCCAACGAGGAGUUGCUGAGUCUGAAGAGGGAGUUCCAGCAUCACAAGGACAAGAUCCACGAGUACAACAUCUUCAUGGAUACCGUCAGCAGGACCGAGGCAGAAAUACACAAGAAUGUGAUCUCUCCCCUGGAGGGCGACGCCAAAGAGCAUGUGCUGCACCAGAAGCACACGGACCUGAAGCAGAAAAUGAGAGACCUCAGCCAGGGCUUUGAGCGCCUCCGUAAGCUCAGCCACGAGGGCUUCACACAAGACAGCGAGUUUCGGGAGCCCCGUGUGGUUGAACUGUGGGAGGCUGCCAAGAGAGCCAACCUCAGCGAUGACGAGCUGGACUCUCUCAAGGAGGAGCUGCGUCACUUUGAGACCAAAGUGGAGAAGCACAGCCAUUACCAGGAGCAGCUGGAACUUUCCCACCAGAAGUUGCGACACGUGGAGUCUUUAGGAGACAAAGAGCACAUUAAGAGGAACCAGGAAAAGUACGAAACACUAGCUGAGAAGACCAGGGAGAUGGGCUACAAGAUGAAGAAACAUAUGCAGGACUUGUCCAACAAGAUCUCUCGUGAGGGACUCGAUCACAACGAGCUCUGAGAGGCUCGGAUCAUAAAGGUGAACUGAAAUGACUCCCUCUACAACCACACACACAACGUACGCUACGUUCACCCAUUCCCCUUCAACGAUCAGUGUUUUCUACUUUUCUAGUGUUAAUAGUCUUUGAUUUUUAGGAGUCACUGAAUGAAUGAAUUGUGUUGUUUGUACAUAAUAUGCAUAUGGAAAGAUGGAAUAGUUUUCAUACUAGUCUGGUACUACAUUUAUUUGUACAACUAAUGGCAGGCAGGUGUAGAAGAAAUGUAUGGCUGAGAAUGUGGCAGUACUCCCAAGAAAGCAACAGUUUGUGGGGGUGGUUGGUGAGGGAUUGGCAGCAGCAGUUGAGUCACUCUUAACCAGAUGAUGUAGUUUAUCUGCUGAGGCUUGGUUCAGGUUCUGGGGAACAGCUAACCGACUGCAUGAGUUCUUCAUCUUGUAGGCACAUUGCUGGCCAGGCAAUUUGUACACACCCAUCUGUCAUUAGUUUUGCAAGUAAUAAAUGCUCCAUCAGAUAAGGCUGUUACUGCUGUAGUAACUCUUACCUUAGUCUGCUGAAAUAUUGUAAUGUUACGGUUAUUGUCUAAUCAUUAUAAAAUGAAGAAUGCUUUGCAGAUCCAGGUAGGAAGCACUGAAAAUGUAACGGCAAUCUUUAAUCAGUAAGAUACAGGUGCCAACAACAUACAAACGGUAAUAUCUUUAAAAAUAUAGUUAAAUAUCAUUCUUGGCAUAAAUAAAAAGCAGUUACUAUAUACAAAUCCUGGAGAGGAAAGCAGUCCCUGUAGUGACAUUAACAGGCUAUUUUUGGUUAAGUUUUUCUAACUCAUCCUCAGACGCGUCGCUGGGGAACCACCGCCAUAAAAAUAAAUUAGCACCAAAUGUUGGACAAUUUGUCCUGAUGAUAUCAAGAGGGAGGUGAGAGAUUGGAACACACACUGUGCUUUUCCAUUCAUCAAUUCUGACCAGAAGCAGAGACAUUGAUUACUUUGACUAAUGUUCCUGGCCGGCUGAUUACUCAGUCAUGUCCUGCUUGGGCCACAUGGGCCUAGAUUAAUGUAAUUUGCGCCCGAGAUAUAACUCUAAAAUGCUUAUUUCAAUCGAAUGCAUCUAAGGUCUGAUGAGGAAUGAUAGCCGAGCAAGCUGGGACUCUUAACAGUAGAUUGUGAGGCAUCCGUGGGAUCUCAUUGGUCUCUUACCUCUUGGUAAGAGAAGUAACAACAAAUAGAGCCACAACCAAACAGUCUGAAGAAAGUAAAUCUAGCUAGAAUUUAAAAGAAAUGACAGCUUGCUGUCUCCUAUCUAUAAUAUCAGUGGUAAACAUUAGUGUUUGGUGUCAUUCCCUCAUAAUUAAGGCUAUUCAUACCAAUGCUCAACAGUCACCUGAGAUAAUCUUAAAAAAGAGGCAGAUGAUUUCUCCUCUGACCUCAGCAGAUGCAGCAAAAAAAAAAAAAUAGUAACAUUUCUAGGGUUAAAGUCUUCAAGAGAAAUGCAGGAACGCACUAAUUUAAGGGUAUAAUGAUAAAUGUCUCGAUUGCUGUUUGUAAAUACACAGCAUUCAAAGUUGGCCACAGAGCAACAAUGGUUGACCGAGCUAUAGAGUAAAUGAAGAGAGGGAGCGGCGUUAGUGAGAACAAAGCAGUGAAUCAGAUAAAUAAAACGUAAGUACAAGUGUAAGUGAACUUAACAAUACUAACAGAACACAAAACACAUCCAAGAUCGCAGCGGUAUAAGAGACUUUCCAGACAUUUCCUAUUUUCUUCUUACUGGAAUGGAUUGCUUGUGGAAAUUUCUGUACACUGGCACAACUGUGGGUGUGUUUUAAGUACAACACUGAUUGGUAUGAUCAACUGCAAUUAAGCACUUUAGCUUAUUCAGAGAGAUGGAGAGCAAUUAGCAAUGAAAACUAUUUUGGAACUGUUAAGCGUUGAAGAGUCAGUUUGGUGGCCCUUGCCGCCUGCUCUCCAGCUGAGUCAGUCUGUCCUCCCUGCCCUGAACAUGCUCCGCCCCCACUCGCUGAGCUGUUUCCAUGGCAGUGAUGUCGAGGUGGGCGUACCUGAUGGAGCCCUCUUCUGGUAAAGGGGGAGAAAAGAGAAGACAUUUGUUUUUUUACUUUGUGUCGUGUGUUCUCCGACUUAAUAUUGUCACAUGUAGGAAAAACGUGCAGUGGCCUGUUAAUCCCUGAGAUGCAUCCUUCUGUUACUUUGACUGUAUUAACUUAACCAUACACUAUUUUUGAUAUGUUCUUCACUGGUAGUGCUGGAAUAUAUCUCUAAACCAUUCAUUUAAUCAGAUUUUAAAAAUGCAUAAAAUUACUUUAACUUGCCAAUUCACAGCUGAGAAUUUGAAUAAAUUUAGACUAUUGUAAAUUGCUUUUUUCACUUUUGUAAAUUGCUUCAUUUUCACAGGCCAAAAAUGUGUGAUUAUACCACAUAAAUUAAAUCCAUGUCUGUCAUGAAUAAAUUGUUUCUCCCCAUUCA